AUGGAAAAUUACCUCUCCCAACAACGGCAACAUGUCUUCUCAAAUGUUGGUGUCCUCAUCUACGUUUUUGACAUAGAAUCCCGCGAUUUCGACCGCGAUCUCCUCACAUACCGCUCCAUCAUAACCGCACUCAGCCAAUUCUCCUCCACCGCAAGUGUCUACAUACUCAUACACAAGAUGGAUCUCGUCGUUCCAGGCCAGCGCGAAGAUAUCUACAAUGACCGCGUGUCUCUCAUCCAAUCGAAAUCUGACACCUUCGUACCCAUACCUUUCGCAACCUCCAUAUGGGACCAAUCACUAUACAAAGCCUGGGCAGAGAUCAUCCACGACUUAGUCCCCAACCUCGACAAAAUCGAGCAUCACCUCGGCUCCCUAGGUAAACUCAUCCAAGCCGAAGAAGUGCUCCUCUUCGAACGCUCAUCCUUCCUCGUCGUCUCAUCCUGGUGCUCUGAAAUCGGCUCCGAUAACCCCACCACCGACCGUUUCGAGCGGCUAAGCAACAUUAUCAAGAACUUCAAGCAGACAACUAGUCGGUAUACCGGUACUCCUAAAAGUGCUGAGCAGUUUGCACUUAUGGAGCUCAAGCUCUCAAAUUUCUCGUUGUUUAUCCUCAAGUUCACUACUAACACGUACCUUGCUGUCGUCCUACCUCCCGGUGAAGAGCGGUUCAAUAGCGCCAUCGAGAAUUGCUAUAUCGCUAAAGCUGAGUUUGAGGACUUGGACUCGCCCGCGAAGAAAGGUGCUGAUAGAGGAGCUACGGCAUCGAGCGAGGCAUGA